UUCUCGCGUCUCUGAGCCCUUCACCGCCACGCCACCGCUUAGCAUACGCAUAUAUACACCUACGGAUUCGGCUCUCUCUGUCUCUCUGUCUCUCUCGGCGAUGACAUUGGCCGAUAUUUCUCAAUUGGCCUUCGCUUUCCUCCGAAUUCUUGAAUCCAAGCUAACAGAGAUCGAGGCUUCGAGGGUUCUCUCUUCCCCCCAAUUGGCGUGUUCUGAACCUGUUUAGUGGUGGUUCGAAUGGGCUACUCCGAUCGGAAUUCGUACUACGGCGUUCUCGGCGUCGCCGCCGACUGCUCCGAGGAGGAGAUUCGCCGUGCCUAUCGCAAGCUGGCUAUGCAAUGGCAUCCUGACAAAUGGGCAAGAAAACCGUCCCUGUUGGGCGAGGCCAAGCGCAAAUUCCAACAAAUUCAAGAAGCAUAUUCCGUAUUGUCAGAUAAGAGGACGAGAACAAUGUACGAUGCGGGUUUGUUUGACCCUGAGGAAGAAUAUGACGAGGGCUUCUCUGACUUCAUGCAAGAAAUGGUCUCUCUUAUGGAUCAGGUUAGGAGAGAGGAAAAAAGUUGCAGCAUGGAGGAAUUACAAAGCAUGUUCAUGGAAAUGGUGAAAGACUUUGGAUAUCCUGAGCAGUCUUAUUCAUCUCCUCCUCCACAGGUGUAUGAGGCGUGUGAAUGGGGUUACGGAGGACCAAUGAUGAUGUUCAAUGACUUUGGAAGUUCAAGUAAAGCCCAAUGCGAGGCGAAUCCUGCUUCGGGAAGAGCCUCACAUUUGCACAUACCAUCAUCAGGUUGUGGGAUGUAUGGAACGAAACAGUUUUGCAGUUAGUUCAGUGGAAAUUAGAGAGGAGUGGAGUUGUUUCAUUCUUUCUUGAUCUCUCCCUUGUUUUUGCCCCUUCAGCUUCAAAGCUGCUGGUGAUCUCCGGAGUGGGGUUUGUUGACUCUCUGGCUGGGAUAAUGUCCCUUUUUGGGGUGGUACAGCUAAAAUUUGAUGGGCCCUCCGGUGGGCGUUGUAAUAUACACCUUACUACUUAAAUGUGAGCAAGCAAACCUCCAUGCCAUACAAGUAGAGAAAUGGGUCUUGUUUUGAUAGAUUUUUAGAUUGAACUUUUAUUUAUACCGUAUUUUUAUACGUUAAUUGGGAUUGGUCAUGAA